AUGUUGUUAUUCUUGGAAGCUUCGAUAAUACGAAUGCUUCCCAUCUCCCUAAUUUCUGCCCUGGUACGUCGCGCAUGUCGCCUUGACGAGGAGAAUAAGGAGAUCGCUGUCGUAACCGAUUCCCGAUUUUACACCAUGGUCGCAACAAAAUCUCUUCUCGGGUUGAGCGAAAGCUACAAGAAGGGCUGGAUCCAAGUAAAAAAGUUGGACGUGUUUUUCGAGAAUAUUUUUCUGACAAGAAACGCCACACCAAAAUUCAUUACAAUGUACAAAGAUUUUUUGGCAUAUUUGGAGUUGGACUUGUUUGAAAUGAAAUCUGAGGACCCUAAUUAUUACAACUCUGAUCUCGAGGACCUAGAACUGACCUGUGGUACAGAUUUAGGAAUAAUCUGCUCCAACGGGGUUUGGCUUUCCCCAUCCGAUGAUUUGGACACAGCUCAGAGAAACAAGUUUGAAAUGAUCGCGAAAAUGUUGCAGCUUUCCCCGGGUAUGCGACUUAUCGAGAUUGGAGCUGGUUGUGGCGCCCUGGCGAAAUAUUUAGCGGACAAUUAUCACGUUCAUGUCGUUGGGACGACCUUGUCGAAAGCAGAGCUGGAUUAUGCGCGGAAAUUUUGCGUCGGAAGUACGGUAGACAUGCAGCUCUCGAAUUGUACCGACCUGAUGGAAAACGAAGACGAGAAAUUUGAUGGUGUUAUAGUAAACAGUGUUCUGGAAUGUAUUGGGAAGUCAGAUUAUGAAAGGUUUUUUGCAAAUAUUGCCAACCUUUUGAAAAAUAAUGGGACUUUUGUAAUUCAAGUUGCUGGCCGGUACGAUUCUAGGUUGGGAAACGUUAACGGUAUUUAUCCGUUGGUGAGGUUUGCCAAUUUAUCUGAAAUUAUUACAGCGACGGAAAAAUAUUUUGUGAUGGAGAGUUUAACAGAUGUUGGACGGCAUUAUGAAAAAACAUUUCUCGCUUGGGGCGAAAAAGAUCGGAAAUACAGGGACACAUUUGUAGAAAAAUAUGGCCAAGAGUAUUGUCCAUGGUCGGAGUUUUUCACCCAAAUGACGGCAACAAUGGCAAAACUUAGAAUCUUGCAAGAAUGGCAAAUCGUGUUUUCAAAAAAAUGUUAA